CAAACACUCUACAUGAAAACUUCAUAGUUUUAACUUCUUAAACCUGAUUUUUGGCGUUGUUUUGUUAAUUUUAUACGCCAUACGUUUUCAGAAAUGCCACCGGCAGGUAAAAAAGGCUCUGGUAAGAAAAGUAGCCCUGUUCAACCUUUUAAUAAGAACUGGGAGGCUGAUCUCGUCAAAGCGCAGUUUGAGGACACUUGGCUUGCCUGUGUGUCUCUCGUUGUUGGAGAUGGUCCAGAAGAAGAGGAAGAACUCGUCAAGACUCUGGUUUUGAGUUUUGAACGUCCACAACGCAAACUUUUCUCCCUCAUAUCGUGGGACAGCACAGUUGAAAAGAUCAAUAAGCUGGGGAAUCCCAAAGCAAAAAAGUCAGACCCUCUUCCCUUGUUUUAUGAGUCUACUGAGCAUGCUAAGACGUUGCUGGAUACCGGAGAGGAGAUUCCUGUCGACUUGGUGGCAAAAUUAGUGAAAUUCCAGCUGCUGGAGGUCAAAACCUGUGAUCAGAAGAGGCGGGAAGUUGAGCGGCUGAAAAGUGAGGAACAAAAAGAAAAGACUCAACCUCAAUCUGAUGGAAAGGGCAAACAAAAGGACAAAAAAGAGAAAAAGGGAAAGGGCCAGACCCCCGACAGCUCCAAGGACAAGAAAACCAAGCUCAAACGCAGGGGCGAGCCUGAGACGCCCAUAUAUAUAGAUGAUGAGCCAGAGGAUGGUCCCCAACACUAUAUUCUGAUUGUCGGCUUCCACCAGCCAGACCUGAUAGGAGUGCUUAAUUCCAUCGGUGUUUAUGUUGCGAAUGUCAUCAAGUUAUGCUCCAAGCACAAAGAAAUCUCUCCAGAACCAGUAGAGCUGAUCGUUCAGGAGGAAACGGAGCAGAGCUCUCCAGUUGUGCCUGCAGAGGUUCCAGAAAGUACCAGGAAGCUCAACCUGUUCUGGACUCGCCUGAGGUCGGUUUUAGACAGCGGCCCGCCAGACUCUAAGCUCCACGACGUGAUUCAGCUGAGCUACAUGGUCCCGGAUCUCACACUCCCGUUCGAAAUACCAGACCCUGACUCUCUGCUGGAGCUGGGAAACCGGAUGUUUGACGAUGUUGCCAGGCUCAUCUAUGACUGUCUGCAGUGGCGCCGGCAGCAUCUGCACUACAGAGACAAUGUCCGGUACAUCCCUGUACCCACAGCUGUAACGGAGGAUUUAGAGGUAGCUGUUGAGUCUGUCGCUCAGCAGAUCCCUCGCUCUAAAAAGAAGCAAACCAAAGCAUCUAGCUUUCUGCCUGCAGAAAUCAAGCCGGCUGUAACUGUAUCUGUGAACGUGGACAUGUGUUACUAUAGCAAAAUGUUGGACAUGGUUCCCCCUGAAGCCUGUUCUGUACCCCUGAUAUUGCACUGUAUGCUGGAGCAGGUGGUGGUUUCCUCAGAGGUGCCUGUGCUCACUUUGUUUCCCACUGCUGGGGAAGAGGAGAAAGCUGACACCGCUCAAUGGUUAGACUGUGAUCUGGUUAGCUAUAUGCUCCAAAGCUUCCUGCCUCUGCUGAACACAGAAGAAGAGAAACACUAUUUGUUAAAUGAGGUCCUCACUACUGUGGAAAAGGAAGAGGACAAGGCGAGAUUGAUAAGGAAUUAUAGGACAGAGCAUGCUCAGAGGCCUGGCGACCCUGUGCUUCUCAGAUACCACGACGAGAGGGGAAUACGGUUACAGAACGUCACUGUGGUUAAGGGUUUUAAUCCAGCGCAGGUAGAGACAUCCAUUUUGAAGACCAGUCCAGUCUUGGAGCUCAUUCAGUCAGUCGCUGAACAGAGAAACGGUGACACCUGCUGGAGGAGAAUGAAACAACAGCUGCAGCACUACUGCACAGAUGAGGGCAUGGCCUGGCCCGAGGUGGAGCGGCUGUUUGAUCAGAGCGUGUUUGAGGCUAUGCCACUGACCACGGUGGAUCAGCUGGGUAUUUUACUGAACGACGAUGAAACGCAGCAGACACAGACUGUUAUCCCCUGGGGAAAUCCUUUGUUAUAUGCUAAACAGAAGUUUCAAACCCCGCGGACUGUGGAGCCAACAUUUCUCACUGAAGACCCUGGAAACUCAGAGCAUCUGAAUGAGGAAAUCUGCAGCCAGCUGGAUUUAUGUGAAAUCCAGAAUUGGAGACAAAGAUGUCUGUUUGACUGGUACUAUACAGAACAUCACAGUGCCACUGUUUUUCCACAGGUUCUGCAAAAGGCCUCAGAGGAAUAUUGUUGCAUGGACAUCUUCAGAGGAAGCUACGCAAACAUCUUGUAUGUUUUUUGCCACAAUCCUAUGAAUUCUCACGGCCUGUCCAAACAUUUCUGGGACGAGGCCCUCCACACUGAUGUCAAGUUCAGAAAAUAUCUGGAGCAUGUUGCUGAUAAAAUCUACAACUGGACAAAGGAGGAAGAGGUGAAGAGGGAGGAAAUGCUGAUGAAAAGCCAGAUGCCUCCAGAGACUCCAAAAGACCUUGAAUGCCCCGCAGUGGCGGAAGAAACUCAGGAACCCGUCAUCAGAAAGGAGUCCCUCAAAGCCUGGAAACUGGAGCAGGAGCGCCUGAAGAGAGAGGAGCUGGACAAAAAAUUAAAGAAGGACACUAAGGGGAAAGGCAAAAAUAAAUCAGACGAUGCAUUGUCUGACAAGAAAGGCAAGGCUUCGGCUGGUGACAAGAAAGGCAGGGCUUCGGCUGGUGACAAGAAGGGCAAAGCGGAUAAAAGAGCCAACUCAGCCAAGACCCCCAUCGAAUCUGCCGCUUCCAUGGCAUCUGCUGAUUCUGAAAUGGCCAGCCUGAAGAAGGCAGAGGAACUUGACAAUAGAUUCAUCGGCUACACCAUGGACGGACAGCUGAUCCAGGUGUCGGGAUGUGCCCAGCAAAUCUACACCUCAGAUGGAGGACAUGUCACUGUGGAGAACGUGAACUUUGUCGAAGGUUCUUCCCUGAUGAAAGUAGCGUUGAGGAAGGACGGACACCAUUUCUACACGCACGUCAACCAUGUUGUUACCAAAUACCUGAAACCUCCCAGCGAGCCGCAGGACAAAAAGAACACGGAGCAAAAGGAUGGAGUGAAAUGUGUUUUAGAGCCAGAAGCAGUGAAGCUGUGCUCCUUCUCAGCAGUCCUUUGCAAUCAAAUCCACCUCUCAUACAGUUUCUACGGCGCAACAGGACAAUACAAAGUUUUAGAGAGUCUUGAGGAGGAGGCGACAGAGGAGGAAAUCACAAAAGCCUCCCCAGAAGAACCCGUCGCUUUGCCUUCUCCCAACUCUGGCACCAUGACGCCGAGGCCGUCCAGUCAGGAGUGUGCAGAGCAGCCUUCUGAGCCGUCGCCUCAGCCGCCGCCUCAGCCGCCACCUCAGCCGCCGCCUCCGUUCAACAGCCUCAGUCUGUCUGUUCCCAACGGCCUGCUGCUGCAGUUUCAGCUUGACAACUCACAAGGAGAGUCGCCUGAAUACGGCGUUUUGAUCAAGCAGAGCUUUCCCUUCCACUGUAAACCCGGGAAUGAUCUGCCGGACAAAUCCCUUUCUCAGGAACUGCAUCGCAUCAUUACCAACCAAGGAGUCGUGAUUCGUUACCUGAGAGAUGGCGCCGCAGAGUUGCUAUUUGCAGAUGGAUCGGUCAGCUUCACCCCAGGUUCAUGUUCAGCUCCAGGUCCAGCUCCAGGUCUGGUGUCUGAUGAUGAGCGGACAGAGGAGACCUCAGAGAAGGAAAAUGAGCGUCAGAAACAGUCAUGGCAGACGACCACUUCAACUGGAGAUCAGAUUUGGACCACUGGGCCAACAUACAGCGUCAUACCCACAACCUCUCUGUGCACUUUCUUGGCCACAGACCCCGUCACCCAGGAGGUGAUGCUGACCCGGGAAGAUCUGGUGGUUACGGUCAAGAGCCCAGAUGGAUCUAUUAUUGCUGAUCAUGCAGACGGAACAAGGAUUACCACCCUCUUUCUAGUCACACCACCUAACGAGGAGGUGGCUGAUUGUGUGACCAAACCAGAGGAGCAUGAAGAUGUUUGUGAAAAAGGAGAAGGGAUGAGCGAAACCUCGGAAACCCACGAAUUGAACGAAACGGUUACAAACGAUAAGAGUGAAGAAGAAAAAGACUCGACCAGAGAGCGGGUGGUGAUUGUGGAGAAGGAGGGCUGCGCAUCGGUAGUGAUGUACCCGAAACGCCACGCAGCUCAUGUGUUUCUAGCCGAUGGAACCAUCAUCACUGGGAACAACCAAGCGGAAUAUGAGGUGUUCCCGUCUAGAAACGGGUUUCUGCACAUCCAAACUGAUGGGAAAUGUGUUUACACCUCUGACCUCGAGCCGAAUGCUUCGUCCUCCUCCAACCGACCAGGAGUUUACACCAUGAGUCACACAGAUGAAGUGGUGUGUGAUGUUUCAGACAAGAACGGAAACCACUUCCAGGUGGUAGAAUAUGGACAGACUUUGCUGCUAACUACUACUCCCGCUCCAGAAACUCCUAUACAAGAGGAAGAAGAGGAGACAGACAAAUCAAGGGCCACGCUUGAUGUGAAACACAAAGAUCGUUGUCCCAGGAUUUUUCUGGUGUAUGAAGACGGUUCAGGCACUGAACUGCUGAACUCACACACUGUGGAGGAGCUGCUCCAAGAGGCGUACUCCGACCCCACCAUCGCACUGCUCAAGGAGCCUCUGCCAGAAAGACAAGACGAGUUUGGCAUCACCAUCCUGAAGCCGGGCCACCAGAGCGUCUGGUCCAAAUGGGUGCUACAGAAACAAAACCCUGACAUCACCCCUCCAAACCUCAGGAAUCGCUCCGAUGAGUUCCAUACUGCAGAGGUCAGCCCUCCGCUUGGUUCUGGUACCAGCGUUGCUCUGUCUCAGAAGGAGCGAUGCGCCAGUUCUUUAGCGCGGCAGCGUGUCUGGAGCUGCCCGAGAGUCCUGGAGAUCAGGGAACUCUCCCAGCACCGACCCUUCACCUCGGUGUUCAGAGACGCUCUAGAUUCACGGCUGAAGGACUACAUCGAGUGGCUGAUAAAGAGAGAGGUGCUGGCAGAGCAGAUGAAAGUGAAAGAGCUUCGCAGUGACGAAGAGACUGCUCAAGCCACGGAUCUCCUCAGUCUCAUUCUGUCUUUUGCAGAGUUGGACGAUGAGAGUCACGGUUCUGAUUCCAGGAGCUCAGAUGCGAAAACUAAAUCACCUGCAGCAGACUAUGCCAGUAUGUACAGUCAGGGAGUCAAAGCAUCACUUGAGCUGUCAAUUCCUUCAGAAGAAACUGACAACUUCGGUGCUGAUGACACACUUUCUACUGGUAGAAAAGAGUCGAGAUGGACUGAAAGACAUGAGCUGCACAGACAGGAGAUGAGUGAAGAAAGGACUUGCAAAGAGGCUCUGAGGACGAAGAGUUCUGUUCCUUAUUUCCAUCCAGAAAACUUUCAAAUUUACCAAAAUCUGCUACAGUGCCAAAGACCCAACAUAAAAAGUACAUCACAGAAUCUUCCACUGCCUACCAAGGUGGACAGAGCUGAGAAAAGUACCGGUGUGGACAGAGCUGAUAAAAGUACCGGUAUGGACACAGCUGAGAAAAGUACCGGUAUGGACACAGCUGAGAAAAGUUCCGGUGUGGACAGAGCUGAGAAAAGUACCGGUGUGGACAGAGCUGAGCCUAAUAAGAAAGAUGCAUCUACUCAGAGCAGUGAAAGCAGUCUGAAGAGCUCAUCCAGGCACUUUAAGUCAGUCCAGGUGGAUGUGUUGGGGCAACCCAGAAGUGCGAGGGUCAGACUGCCCGGCUACCUCUGCAACUCCAAACCCUGCAGCGAGCCAAACAAACAUUUCCUGAAGGUGGAAGAACCUGUGAGGAGGCAUUGUCGGAUAGCUUCCCUGACUGAUCCCGGUGCUGUGUUGAGGGGCUUCCUGCUCAACCCAUCGCGCGUUGACUUUGGUACGCAGCAAGAGGGCACCUGCGCCACCAUUACCGUGGCAAUGAAGAAUUUGGGAGUCGACCCAUCCAGGUUCACUGUGAAGCAGCCUCCUCCAUCCACAGGCCUCAGAGUCAUCUACCAUCCUGGACCUGUGCCAUCAGGUCUGCAGGCGGAACUGCAGGUCCAGCUGUUUUCCACGUGUGACGGAACCGAGCCGAAGAAGUACAUCUCCGAAGACAUAACCAUCUUCACUGAAACUGACAUCCUCUACCUGCCUGUCACUGCUGUCAUCCUUACUGAGAGAUUUUUUGUGGAGAAGUCCAUGUAUGCGUGCAGACAGGAGGGGGCAGAGUCCAUCUGCUCUCACAGCUGGCCAGAAAAUCACAGGGAUGAGUCUUAAGCCCCCUGAUCUAUUCUCAGGCCACACUUGCAGCACAUGGACUUCAGUGUGUUUGAGGCUAAUUCCAGUGUGGAUUGAACUUUGAAAAUAUAGUCCUCAACAAAUAAUAGUGGUGACUUUGCAGCUUUUUCUCAUUGCUGGAAGCUUCUUAUUCAGUUUCAUUUGAUCCCAGAUCGACUGGGAAGAAACUGGAGUACCUGGAGAGAACCCACGCAUGCACAGGGAGAUCAUGCAAACUAUGAGCAGAAUUCUUACUGCCAGGCAACAGUGCUACUAACAGUGCCACCAUGCAGCCGUCAGAACAGAACAGAACAGAAAUAUAAUCCGGAUUAAGAGGAAAACCAAACUGGAAUUUGGGGGAAUUUUUCUGGCAUAAUCCAAGAGCACACAUUUUCACUCUGAAAGCAGGACUUUGUCUUUCUCCUCAAAACUUGUAACGCUUCUACUCAAAACUUUCUCCUCACACUGAAAAUUGUUUGUUCAGAUCAAAUCUCCACUUGCAAACCUCUCUGCUUGCUUGCAAAUCAUUUUCUGCUCUCUCAAAACAAAAGUACCGUUGCCUGGCAACGUUCCAGCCAAUAGAAGGAAUGUUCUACUGGGCUGCCCUCGAGGGUGCAUUUGUUUCCUUUUAGAGGGUGUCCCUGUGUGGCUAUGUAUUUGUCUAGAUAUCUAGAUAUCUAUUCUAUACAGAUAGAUAGGAACAGUCGAUCUAGAGAGAUAGAUAUUAACCAUCAAACUAAUACAAAUCACCAGCCAUUCCUUUGAAAGCAUGCAGUGACUCUUUAAAGUGUAACUCACCUUACAAGACUCCCGUUUUGGCCUGGAAACUACCCACAGAAGCCAACAGCAUUGCAGACUCACUCCUAAAGUCACUUCAGAAAUGAACUAACUCCUGGUUUUGAACUGGUGGAUGUAGACACACAUAGCCUGAUUAUGAAGCCAUUUUCACAUAAUGUAGUCAGGUAUUAUGCUGUGAAAAAGGCUCUUUGCUGGAGUAAAACAUUAAAAGCAAAUGGUUUUCUUCCCACAGUUGGAGAAUCAAUAAAAUUCACCAUUCCAGUUCUCCAAUUAUAUGUAUGUAUAAGAGCUGGACAAUAUCAGGAAAGUAUUUCAUUGCAAUACUGUUGCUGAAAAUUGUUAUAUUGAUUUAUGAUUACCCCCCAUUUUUCUGAUUCUUUUUAUUUUAUACAAUGUCUCCAUAACUUUCUGUAUGUCUUUACACACCAGUCACCAAAUAUAGACAUUCAGUGCAUUAUUAAGGGCACUUGUAGUCCGUUCAACAGACGAAAGAUGAUACCAAUAUAAUUGUGAUACUAUACAUCUGAAAUCCAAUGAUGGGGACAAGCUGUCAUUAUUACACACUGAUAUUGCCAUGUGGAUGUCUUCGAAUUCCACUGUUGCUGAAAAUGUGCUACACAAAUUGCUUUGCUUCUUGGAUGAAGGACAACUGCAGGAUAUGGAGAGUCAAGAUGUCAGAUAUCAGGUAUGAACCAUGAGGAUUUAGAUUGUGUAUUUUGUUCUUCCAAUGUGCCUUUAUCCUAUUUUAUUUGUGUUCCUUUCAAUUAUACUGUAUUAAAUGUUCUUUACAAAUUGC